CGAGAGCAACGUUGAGUAAGGACUACAUUUCCCCAAAUCCCACGCAGUUGCUUACUGCGUACGCUAGAGUCAGGUGAGCAGGAAGGCACGAGAAGAGGUUGGUGGGAGGCAAUGUUUACAAGCUUGGAUUGGAACUGUGUCCUUUAAAAAUACAGAAUAGCCCACUGUAAUGAAGACUUUCCUUUAUGGUGGAAUCUUGCUUGCUCACAUUCUUACAGCUUGCUGGCUCUGAACAAAAGGUGAUUUACCUAAAGUCUUCACGGUGGACCUGCAUGUCUACUUUCCUGAUUGCUACAUGUUUUAUACAUAUAUAUACACAGGUGAAUGUGUGUGAUUAGAAAAGAAGUUUACCACAUCAACACAUCAUAUCAUUGAUGUGGUAAACUUACUUUCUAAUCUCCCUGUGUAUAUAAAAAUCCCAAAUGCAUUUUCUUUAGGUUCCCUUACGGUUAAUACUAAGGGAGUACAAAACUGAACGAUUCAUCAAAAUACAAAUCAGAUGACUAAUGGUGUGGGUGUUUAUCAUGAAUCGGGUGAGCUCUCAGAGCAGCUCCUCAGCUCAGCGCAGACGCAUGGCUCUGGGAAUCGUCAUGCUCCUGCUCGUUGAUGUCAUUUGGGUUGCUUCAUCAGAGCUCACGUCGUACAUUUUCAAGCGUCAAGACUAUAAUAAACCUUUCUUCAGUACUUUUGCGAAGACGUCCAUGUUUAUCCUCUACUUGGUUGGAUUUCUUGUGUGGAAGCCCUGGAGGCAGCAGUGCACAAGAGGAUUUCGAGGGAGACAUGCUGCACUUUUUGCAGAUGCAGAGGGCUACUUCACAGCAUGCACUACAGAUAACAGUUUUAACAACUCCCUGAGUGAACCACUUUAUGUUCCUGUGAAGUUCCAGGAUGUUUCUUCAGAAAAGGUUGGCGAUGCCAGCGGUGAAUGUGAAGAAUCUCCUAAAAAGCCUCGUGUUCGAUUCAGCAACAUCAUGGAAGUACGUCAGCUUCCAUCCACCCAUGCACUGGAAGCUAAACUUUCUCGCAUGUCCUACCCAGCAGCAAAAGACCAUGAGGACCAUGAGUCAGUAUUAAAAACUGUUAGCAAACUACCAGUAACACAGGUGGCAAAAAUCAGCUUCUUCUUUUGUUUUGUGUGGUUUUUAGCUAAUUUCUCCUAUCAAGAGGCACUGUCAGACACGCAGGUAGCCAUCGUGAACAUCUUGUCCUCAACUUCUGGGCUAUUCACUUUAAUCCUGGCAGCAGUGUUUCCCAGUAACAGUGGAGACAGGUUUACUCUGUCCAAGCUUUUAGCAGUGGCUUUAAGCAUCGGAGGAGUCGUUCUUGUAAGUUUGUCGGGUUCUGAUAAUACUGAUGGGAAAGACAUUAUAGGAUCUCUCUGGUCAUUAAUGGGAGCAGUGUUAUAUGCUGUAUACAUAGUCAUGAUUAAAAGAAAAGUGGAUCGUGAGGACAAACUUGAUAUACCCAUGUUCUUUGGGUUUGUCGGCUUGUUUAACCUUUUGUUCCUAUGGCCAGGCUUUUUCUUGCUUCAUUACACUGGUUUUGAGGCUUUUGAGUUACCCAGUAAGCUUGUGUGGAUGUAUCUCAUCAUUAAUGGACUUAUUGGGACUGUACUAUCUGAGUUUCUUUGGCUAUGGGGUUGCUUUCUCACCUCUUCAUUGAUAGGUACACUUGCAUUGAGCCUUACAAUACCUCUGUCCAUAAUUGCUGAUAUGUGCAUGCAAAAGGUGCGGUUUUCUUGGCUGUUUUUUGCAGGUGCUGUUCCUGUUUUUCUUUCCUUCUUUAUUGUAACCAUUCUAUGCCACUACAAUAACUGGGAUCCAGUGAUGGUGGGUGUGAGAAGGGUUUUUGCUUUUAUCUGUCGGAAGCAUCGUAUACAAAGGACCUUAGAAGGAACUCGAGUUGGUUUGGGCAUCUGUAGUAGUUAUUUUAAUAAGUUAAAGAGGUGUCCUGUAUUACACAGAACUUCAGAAGACAGCGAGCAGUGUGAAAGCCUCAUUCCUAUGCAUGGUGUUUCUCAGGAUGAUGGGCCCAGCUGCUGUUCAUAGACUACAGAGUAACAGCAGUGUUUGGCAAUGUGACAAUCCUGGAGAAGCCUGAAGAAAACUUUAAUUUUCAGUGCCUCUUUUUACCUUUUUUUUUUUUUUUUUAAUGAUGCGCAAACAUUUGAUCCCUUCAAACUUAAAUUACUGUACCUUCACAAGGACCCCCGUUUAUACUGGACUUUUUUUUUGUUUUGUGUGUUUAAUGGUACGUACCUGCCGAUGUGUAGGAAACCAAAACCUUUGGGGAGUAGCCAACCUGCCUUACCGAAUGUAAAGAAUGACAAUAUGGGGAGAACACUCAAACUUUUCAACACAAUAGAACACAUAAGAGGUAGCGGUUUACUCAUUUCAUUGUAAGUAGAUGCUGGAUAAUAAUAGAAGACAUGUGAAUUGGUACUACUUCCUCCCACUAAGCUCUGAAAGGAAAAGUACCCUUUCUAUUAGAUGUGGUACAUAAUACCAACUCCCUGCACUGUACAUAGGAAGUCAAAUACAAAUACAACAGAAGUAAGACAAAAGUAUUAUAUUUUAUUGUAAAAAAAAAAAAAUGGAAAAAAAUGAACUAAUAAUAAUGAAUGAAACACUAUGAUCAGUGUUUACAAAUCAACCCUGUUAGUUUACUGGUGUUCUAGGUGUAGUACUGUGCUGCAUAUUUCUUUCUCUAUUUACAGAAAAACACUAAAAUGACAACUGCGUGAGUAUUAAAUAUAUAAAGUGGCCUUAUACUGUACAUGCAUGUUCAAAUAUCAAAUUAAGAGCGGCGGUGAGGAGAGUAAUUCACUGUGUCCUUGAACUAUUGGUAAUACCCACGGCACUAUCCACAUACAUUUUAUGGCACAGUGCAUAUUACUAUACACAAUGCCUACAUUCUAGCCAUUAAUAAUGUAUUUGAACUUGUAUAACAUGUUUCGAUGAAUUGUCAGGUUUAGAGUGUUUUUUUAUUUUUAGUUUAAGCAUUAGAUACAACAAAUAGAUACAUGCCCCCUUUUUUUUUUUUUUUAUCUACAGCUUUAACUAUGAAUGGGAUUUAUAGCUGGAACUUCCCUGUAAUUAAUGACCCUUAGUUAACAGCUUAUGAAAUCUGUGAUGUGUGGAAAAGGCAAUACAUCGUCUCGUACUUAAAGAUAAGGAUACUGGGGAAUUUUUCACCUUGGUUUUAAUUUUUCAAAGUAUAUAAUUGGGCAGAGCAAAAUCUCAGUGCAGUCUAAGAGGCAAGCUGCCUGCAGGUUUUAUCCCAUUGAGUUGCAUAUAUGCAUCUUAAAGUGUGAUUGAUUGUCCACAACAAUGAAAAGUUUAAUAUCUUUUGUAUACAGUAACCUGCUGUUUUGAACCAUGUUUCUUUGUGUUUUGUUUUUUAAAAACACUUUGUGUGAAGACUGUCUUUAAUUUGAAUCUCUACAAUGGUGCUUUUAUAGUGUGUGUGUGUGUGU